ACAGUGUAUUACGCUUCUUAUGCUUUACAAAUGGAAGCCAGUGGAAUGGCUGCCGUAUCUCUGAAGCGUCCUCUUUCUGAGGAUGGUGAGUCAAAUGCUGAUGAAAAUAAAAGGCAAAGGUUUUCAGAAGAUCCCCUCAAAGGAACAGAGAAUCCUGACCCUAUUAUGGCUGAGGCAGAGCUGGAGGCACCUGGGAAACCUGCUCUUAAGGGCUUAAACAAUGAAACUGUCCUGAUGGAGGAAAGAACAAACCAAAGUGAAGAAGAAGAAGAACUGGAAAGGAGUGAUGAAGAAGGAGACCCAGAGAGCUUUGCAGACAUGAUGAAGCAUGGCCUGACUGAGCUUGACGUUGGCAUCAACAAGUUUGUUAGUUCUCACAAGGGCUUUUCUGGAAUCUUAAAAGAGAGAUAUUCCGAUUUUGUUGUUCAUGAGAUAGGAAAAGAUGGUCGUGUCAUUCAUUUAGAUGACUUCUCUGUGCCAGUAGUUGAUGAGGAUCCACCAAAAGAGAUCUUUGCUGUGUUGUCAGCUGAAGAGAAGCAGCAGCUAGAGGACCUUCAGCUUUUUAAGAAUAAAGAAGGCUGUGUUGCCAUUGAGGUCAUUGAAGACACUAAAGAAAAAAGAAAGGUGAUUCACCAAGCUGUGAAAUCCUUGUUUCCAGGACUAGAGACUAAAACAGAAGACCGGGAUGGGAAAAAAUACAUAGUUGCUUACCAUGCUGCUGGGAAAAAGGCGCUUGCAAAGGUCAGAACUUCAACAGAUCCAAGAAAACACGCUUGGCCAAAAUCUAGGGGAAGCUACUGCCACUUCGUUUUAUACAAAGAAAACAAGGAUACUAUGGAUGCCAUCAACGUGCUUUCAAAAUUUUUAAGAGUUAAGCCAAAUAUAUUUUCCUACAUGGGGACCAAAGACAAACGGGCUAUUACUGUUCAAGAAAUUGCCGUUCUUAGAAUCACAGCACAACGAUUGGCUCAUUUAAAUAAAUGCCUGAUGAAUUUCAAGCUUGGAAAUUUCAGUUACAAGAACAAUCCACUGAAGUUGGGAGAACUGCAAGGCAACCAUUUCACAGUGGUUCUUAGAAAUAUAACUGGAACAGAAGAUCAAGUUGGACAAGCCAUGCUCUCUCUCAGGGAAAUUGGAUUCAUUAACUACUACGGAAUGCAAAGAUUUGGAACCACAGCUGUCCCUACAUACCAGGUUGGAAGAGCCAUUCUGCAGAAUAAUUGGAAUGAAGUAAUGGAUUUAAUACUAAAGCCACGUCCUGGAGCUGAAAAGGGAUACUUGGUUAAGUGCCGAGAAGAGUGGGCAAAAACGAAAGACCCGGCUGCCGCCCUCAAAAAACUGCCAGUGAAAAGAUGUGUGGAAGGCCAAUUGCUACGGGGACUUUCCAAGUAUGGACUGAAGAAUAUCAUCUCUGCCUUUGGCAUAAUCCCAAGAAAUAAUCGUCUAAUGUACAUUCAUAGCUAUCAGAGUUAUGUGUGGAAUAACAUGGUGAGCAAGAGAAUAGAAGAAUAUGGACUCAGAGCAGUGCCAGGAGAUCUAGUACUGAAAGGAGGUAGUGCUGUUUAUAUUGAAGAAUCAGACGUUGACAGUUACACUAUCCAUGAUGUGGUGAUGCCCUUGCCUGGAUUUGAUGUCAUCUAUCCAAAGCAUAAAAUUGGAGAAGCUUACAGGGAAAUAUUGGUAGCUGACAAUCUUGAUAUCAACAACAUGAAACAUAAAAUUAGAGACUAUUCCUUAUCUGGCGCAUACAGAAAGAUUAUCAUUCGUCCUCAGAAUGUCAGCUGGGAGGUGGUUGCAUAUGAUGAUCCUAAAAUCCCGUUGUUUAAUACUGACUUAGAUCAACUGGAAGGAAAACCACCUGCAGUUAUUGCAACGGAAGGAAAAUACAAGGCUCUGAAGAUUGAGUUCUCCCUUCCACCUUCUACGUAUGCUACCAUGGCCAUCCGAGAAGUACUGAAAAUGGACACAAGCAUAAAAAACCAGACACAGCUAAACACUGUAUGGUUACGCUGAAGGUCCUAUACAGUAACUGGAUAAAGAUUUCAUCCUGUGAAACUGGUUU